AUGACUGAUAAAGAUUUGGAGUUGUAUAAAUUAUAUCGAGCGGAACGAGUUGUACCACCAGUUCGAGGUAUUGAUUUAAUCAAAUCAGCACGUUACAGUAAGGGUAUGUCAUUUAAUUUAUAUGAGCGACAAUAUCUUGGUAUCCAUGGUUUAUUACCGCCAGCAUUUAUGACUGAAGAACAGCAAGCUUAUCGAAUUAUUUCAAAACUUCGAGAGCAACCAAAUGAUUUAGCUCGUUAUGUACAAUUGGACGCCUUACAAGAUCGUAAUGAAAAGCUAUUCUAUCGUGUUGUUUGUGAGCAUGUCAAAGAGUUGAUGCCAAUCGUUUAUACGCCAACUGUUGGCCUUGCAUGUGUUUAUAUUACUAUUAAUGAUAAUAGUAUCAGCAAGAUUCAUCAUAUUCUUAGUAAUUGGCCUGAAAAAGAUGUUCGGGCAAUAGUUGUAACGGAUGGUGAACGAAUCCUUGGAUUGGGUGAUCUUGGUGCAUACGGUAUGGGUAUUCCGAUUGGUAAACUUGCUUUAUAUGUAGCACUUGGAGGUGUACAACCACAUUGGUGUCUUCCGGUAUUACUCGAUGUUGGUACAAAUAAAGAAGAACUAUUAAAAGAUCCAUUCUAUAUUGGAUUACGACGAAAACGUGUUCGUGGAAAAGAAUACGAUUCAUUUAUUGAAAAUUUUAUGAAGCAUGCGUCAAAAGAUUUUGCUAAUGCAAAUGCGUAUCGUUUAUUGGAACAUUUCCGCGAUAAAUAUUGUACAUUUAAUGAUGAUAUACAAGGAACAGCAUCCGUUGUUGUUGCCGGCUUAUUAUCAUGCAACAAAAUUCUACAGAAGAAAAUGUCGGAACAAAGAUUUGUAUUUCUUGGUGCUGGAGCGGCAGCAACAGGUAUUGCUGAUUUAUGUGUUUUGCAAAUGCAACAUGAAGGUUUAGGAGAGAUUGAAGCUCAUGAACGAAUCUUUUUAAUAAAUAGUAAAGGUUUAAUUACGAAAAAUAGCGCAAAUUUAAAGGAUGAACAUAAAUUAUAUGCGAAAAAUAUGGAAGAUAUAAAAGAUUUGAUUGAUGUAAUUAAAAAAGUACAACCAACAGGUAUAAUUGGUGUUUCAACGGUACCAGGUUCAUUUUCGAAAGAAGUAAUUAAGGAAAUGUCAAAGAUUAAUGAGAAACCAAUUAUUUUUGCUCUAUCAAAUCCUACUAAUAAAUCGGAAUGUACUGCUGAAGAAGCAUUUACACAUACAAAUGGUAAGGUACUGUUUGCUAGUGGUAGCCCGUUUCCGGAUCUUCGAUUAAACGAUAAAUUAUAUAAACCGGGUCAAGGUAAUAAUUCGUAUGUAUUUCCUGGUGUAGCAUUGGGUGUUAUAUUAUUUCAAGUGCGUCAUAUUGAUGAUGAAUUAUUUUUGAUUGCUGCUCGGAAAAAAUAA